UGGAGGGAGGGAGGGGGGAAGCAGCUGGGACGGAACGGCCAACAUGGCGGCGGACGCGGACACAGGACAGAGUAGUUAUUUUGUUAGAGAAAUAGAGAAAAAUGACGGCUGUGUCUUGAAAAUGAACCAGUGCUACAAGGGAGACGUCGGUUGUGUGGUCUGGGACGCGGCCAUCGUGCUGGCCAAAUAUUUAGAGACGAAACAGUUUUACGAGCCCGCCGCGGGAGUGAACGCCUGGGCUGGCAGGGGAGUGUUGGAGCUGGGAGCUGGCACCGGAGCUGUGGGUCUGAUGGCAGCGACACUGGGAGCUCACGUUAUAGUAACAGACCUAGAGGAUUUGCAGACCCUCCUGAAAGUGAAUAUCCAAGAAAACCAGGCCCUUAUUACUAGUGGAUCCAUAACUGCCAAGGUACUGAAAUGGGGUGAAGACGUGUCUGAAUUUCUACCACCUCCACAUUACAUCCUUCUGGCAGACUGCAUCUAUUAUGAACAGUCUAUUAUGCCAUUGGUGGAAAGCUUAAAACAGCUUGCUGGACCUGAGACCUGCAUUAUCUGCUGCUAUGAGAAACGCACCGAAGGUGUCAACCCCAAAGUGGAAAGGCAGUUUUUUGAGUUGCUGCAACAAUACUUCAGUUGCGAGGAGGUUCCUCUAGAAAAGCAAGAUCCAGAGUUCAGGAGUCCAGACAUCCACGUCCUCCACGUUCGACGUAAAGUCUGAGUUCGUUUGUUUACAUUUGUGUCAGUGCACUCAUGAGUGUAUGUUUCACCGCAGCACCACAUGAAAAUAAGAUUGUGAAAUAGUGGCUUUAAACGCCUGUGGUGGCCUGUUUUUAAUAUUCUGUCUGUGUACUUCUUUGUUUACAGAGAAAAAUAUUCUCAAAAACACAACCAGACACUGUAAUUACACUGAUCCUUUGUGUGAAUAAAUAUUUUUUUUCAAUAAA